CAUUAUUUUUUUCAAGGGUGUCUUGCAUCAGCCCAGUGAGUAUGAGUGGGAACUGAGCGGAGCGAGGAAGAAAAGAUCGAAAAGGCUUGGAUUCUGACAGAACUGGGGACACGGACACUCACUGGAAUAUUCCACCGCUUCCUCUGAACAAAUGGUUUGAAAGGACAAAACUCUUUAAAAGUUUGAAGACCCUCUGUGUGUGAAAGUGUGUGUGUGUGUGUGUGUUUGGGAUGAAGUGCCUGUGGGGGGGACACUUUCCGCUGAUCACCCUGCUCUACCUGUUAGAAGACGCCACCUCACAGGUUAACCCAGGUGUGUGUCGGUACCCCCUGGGGAUGUCCGGAGGACAAAUUCAGGAUGAAGACAUCUCUGCCUCCAGUCAGUGGUCUGAGUCUACAGCUGCUAGAUACGGCAGGUUAGACUUUGAGGAGGGUGAUGGUGCGUGGUGUCCAGAGAUAACGGUUGAACCAGACAGUCUAAAGGAGUUCCUCCAGAUAGACCUGCGUUCCCUCCACUUCAUCACCCUGGUGGGAACACAGGGCCGCCACGCAGGGGGCAUCGGCAACGAGUUCGCCCAGAUGUACAAGAUUAAAUAUAGCCGUGACGGCAGCCGCUGGAUUUCCUGGAGGAACAGACAGGGCAAACAGGUGAUAGAGGGAAACAGGAAUGCAUAUGACAUUGUGCUGAAGGACCUGGAGCCUCCGAUCAUCGCCCGCUUCGUGAGGUUCAUGCCCGUCUCAGACCACUCCAUGAACGUCUGCAUGAGGGUAGAGCUCUACGGCUGUGAGUGGCUUGAUGGUCUGGUGUCCUACAACGCCCCAGCAGGAGAACAGAUGAGUCUGGAAGGCCAGCCUGUCCACCUCAAUGACUCUGUGUAUGAUGGAGCCGUCAUCUACAGUAUGACGGAGGGGCUAGGCCAGCUGACUGAUGGAAUGUGUGGAUUAGAUGACUUCACCCACAGCCACGUCUACAAUGUGUGGCCUGGUUACGACUACGUGGGAUGGACUAAUGAGAGCUUUCCCAAUGGAUACGUGGAGAUCAUGUUCGAGUUUGACCGCACUCGCAAUUUCACCACCAUGAAGGUGCACUGUAACAACAUGUUCAUGAAGCAUGUCAAGGCAUUCCGCCAGGUGGUGUGUUACUUCCGUUCUGAGGCUGACUGGGAGGCCACGCCCCUUUCCUUUAGUCCCGUGGUGGAUGACGUCAAUCUCAGCGCCCGCUUCGUCACCAUCUCUCUGGCCAAUCAUAUGGCCAGCGCAAUCAAGUGCCAGUUCUACUUUGCUGAAGCCUGGAUGAUGUUUAGCGAAAUCACCUUCCAGUCAGACACAGCCAUGUACAACACUACCCUGGCACCACCCAAGACCGGCAGUAGCCCCCCCACUAGCACUCAACCAGGGGAUGACCCCACCCACAAAAUAGAUGACAGCAACACCAGAAUUCUGAUUGUCUGCCUGGUGGCCAUCAUUCUAAUCCUUGUCGCCAUCAUUGUCAUCAUCCUCUGGAGGCAGGUCUGGCAGAAGAUGCUGGAGAAGGCCUCGCGGCGGAUGCUGGACGAUGAACUAACUGCUAGUCUGUCACUACAGAGCGAGACAUUCGCCUACAGCCACAACAACCCGACAUCAUCGUCAGCACCCAGCGAGCAGGAGUCUAGCUCCACCUACGAGCGUAUCUUCCCCCUUGGCCCUGACUACCAGGAACCAUCACGACUCAUACGCAUGCUACCUGAGUUCUCCCACACCUCCAAGGAUGCCGUUUUGACCAGCACAGCAGUGACAGCCUCCAAGGCUCCCACUGCAACAGUUGCCCAGGACGGAGUCCCUCACUAUGCCGAGGCAGACAUUGUCAACCUGCAGGGUGUAACCGGGGGCAACACAUACGCGGUCCCUGCUUUAACCAUGGACCUGCUGUCAGGGAAGGACGUGGCAGUGGAAGAGUUCCCCAGGAAACUGCUCACCUUCAAAGAGAAGCUGGGCGAGGGACAGUUUGGAGAGGUCCACUUGUGUGAGGCAGAGGGCAUGAAUGAGUUUAUAGAUGAGGAUUUCUCCUUCAACAUCAGUGACAACCAGCCAGUACUGGUUGCUGUUAAGAUGCUCAGAGCAGAUGCUAACAAAAACGCCAGGAAUGACUUCCUGAAGGAGAUUAAGAUCAUGUCACGUCUGAAGGACCCCAACAUUAUCCGUCUGCUGGCCGUGUGUAUCUGCAGCGACCCCCUCUGCAUGAUCACAGAGUACAUGGAGAACGGUGACCUCAACCAGUUCCUGUCCCGCCAUGAACCUGAGGGACAGAUAGCACUCAUCAGCAACGUAACCACUGUCGGCUACAGUGACCUGCGCUACAUGGCCACUCAGAUUGCCUCAGGGAUGAGGUACCUCUCCUCGCUUAACUUUGUCCACAGAGACCUGGCCACGAGGAACUGUCUGGUGGGGAAGAACUACACCAUCAAGAUUGCUGACUUUGGCAUGAGCAGGAACCUGUACAGUGGAGACUACUACCGCAUCCAGGGUCGGGCCGUGCUGCCCAUACGAUGGAUGUCCUGGGAGAGCAUACUGCUGGGUAAGUUCACCACAGCCAGUGACGUGUGGGCGUUUGGGGUGACACUGUGGGAGACCCUGACCUUCUGUAAGGAGCAGCCUUACUCCCAGCUGACUGAUGAACAGGUCAUAGAGAACACUGGGGAGUUCUUCAGAGACCAGAAACGACAGAUCUACCUGCCCCAGCCAGUGCUGUGUCCUGACUCUUUGUAUAAGAUCAUGCUGUGUUGUUGGAGAAGGAACACCAAGGAGAGGCCUUCCUUCCAGGAGAUUUACCGAGUGCUGCUGGAAAGCCAAGCUUAGGGCCCGAACCCUUGGGCCAGCACACACACACACACACAGACAGACAGACGGAUGAAACGCAUCAACAACAAAUUAAGCAUCGGUCUAUAAGUCAAAGGGUCAACUCAGUUCAACUUUUGAUGCACAGAAAAAUUACAAAUGGCUGUCCGUUGUCUCAGCUAGAGAAGUAAAAGUGAAAUCUAGCAAUGAAAGUUCUGCACUUUUGAAAAUGUAUAAUUUAUUCCAAAUGGUGCUAGAAAUAAGUAUGACGUUUCCACCUUGUUUAAUGCAGUGUAAUGUAAUGCCACGUCUAUGAAUUCAAUUGUGUUUUCUUUAAGAAGACUACUUGAAUGUAAAUCAGGUGUCUUCAUUAAGCAAACCAUCAGUGUUCAGUUUGGAGAAUUUUGAUACAUUAAAAGUUUUAUUUUUA